GUGACAUAUAAAAGCUGUUAGCUGCUCCCGUAACCAGCAGCAUUCAAACCUUGCAGCCUUUUGCUCCCUGGAGCUUGUAAUAAGACACGUUUCUUUUACAAGAGUUCAUGCUACAACAUAGCAAAGAACUUUAAAUUUUUGGAAGAACAGUGUAUUCAUUUUGGCAUUGUGCAGAGUAAACUCGGUGGUCUCUUCUCCACUCCUCGAAAUGAUAGCAAUCUCUGCCGUCAGCAGUGCGCUUCUCUUCUUCCUUCUCUGUGAAGCAAGUACUGUUGUCUUACUCAAUUCCACUGACUCAUCCUCGCCAACCAAUAAUUUCGCUGAUAUUGAAGCAACUCUAAACGCACCACUACAUUCAGCGGAUAUUCCCAAAGCCAGGCGGAAGCGCUACAUAUCGCAGAAUGACAUGAUCGCCAUUCUUGAUUAUCAUAAUCAAGUUCGGGGCAAAGUAUUCCCACCAGCAGCAAACAUGGAAUAUAUGGUUUGGGAUGAAAAUCUUGCAAAAUCUGCAGAGGCCUGGGCAGCUACUUGCAUUUGGGACCAUGGACCUUCUUACUUGCUGAGAUUUUUGGGCCAAAAUCUAUCUGUACGAACUGGAAGAUACCGCUCUAUUCUCCAGUUGGUCAAGCCAUGGUAUGAUGAAGUGAAAGAUUAUGCUUUUCCAUAUCCUCAGGAUUGCAACCCUAGAUGUCCUAUGAGAUGUUUUGGUCCCAUGUGCACACAUUAUACACAGAUGGUUUGGGCCACUUCUAAUCGGAUAGGAUGUGCAAUUCAUACUUGCCAGAACAUGAAUGUUUGGGGCUCUAUAUGGCGACGUGCAGUGUACUUGGUAUGCAACUAUGCCCCAAAGGGCAAUUGGAUUGGAGAAGCACCAUAUAAAGUGGGAGUACCAUGUUCAUCUUGUCCUCCGAGUUAUGGAGGAUCUUGUACUGACAAUCUGUGUUUUCCAGGAGUAACAUCAAACUACCUGUACUGGUUUAAAUAAGCUUGCCUUUUUUGCCCCCAGAAAAUAUAAUGGUUUCUGGGAGUCAUAGGCAUAAAUGUAUAUUGAAUUUUGCACAUAUUAUACAUAUUUUAUGAUAAUCAUGUUUUUAUGUUAGUAUCCAUUUGUAUAGUGUUUGUCUAGUAUAUUGUUUAAACGUUGGCUAUAAUCAGAACAACCAUUUCUAUUUUUUGACCUCUAAGUCUAAAUUAAAAUAUUUUAUAUGUAGUGAUAAAAUAAUUCUUGCAUCCAAUUCCAAAACUUGCAUUACAAAGGAGUUAUAGUAUUAUGUUCCUAAGGAAUAAAAUACUUGUUCAAUCUAUAAUGUAUUCAUAUGUAUAUAUACAUAUGCAUACAUACAAACAUACUAUAUCAUGUAACAUAAAUAAUAUGGUACUACAGUUGAGGGAAAUUGAAAAACUAUUUUAAAGUAUAUUUGAGGUUGUGGGGCAUGUUCAGCCCCAUUUCUGUGAUAUCCACAAAGUAAUACUUUACAAAAUAAUACUAAACAGCAUUUGGAAUUGAUAAUUUAAUUAAGCAAACAUAAAUUUCAUUCUGGAGAUAUUUUAUCUCAUUUGGGUCCAUCAAAGUACAUGAUCAGUUUAUGUCUUUUACUUAGUUCAUUUUCUUCAAUCAGUAGUCACAUGUUGAGUGCUUACUGUAUACAAGAGAGUCUGUUGGUUAUAUUCUGAUAAUGCAAAGAUAAUUAGACAUAGUUCUGGCCCUGAAGAAGCUCAUAAUGAUAUUCAGGAAAUAAAGCCACCUAGUAAUUUUUCUGAAAAUUUAAUUUUUAGCAAAUUAAAUUUUAUGUGGUUUUAAGCAAGCAAACGCAGUAACCAGCUUCAUCUCCAGGUGGACUAAAUCACAAGCUAAGUUGAUAUGUAAAGCUUCUCAUUCCCAGGAAAAUUUAGCUAGAGUACUUGGAACAAGAAGGGGAAGGGAAAAGUUAACAACUGCUCACAGAUUUCUGGAGCAGAAUAGAUAGUUACAACUUUGGAAAGCUGAAAGCAAGAUGCUCAGAAAACUGAUGAAGUCCAAAAUAUUAAGAUUUGGGGGAUAGAUGUGAAAAAUCCCAGAAAUAAGGUAAUUGGAAAAAAAGACAGGUAUAUAGUUUCAGAUGUGCAUAUUCUGACAGCAUAAUCCAUUUUGAGGCCCAUCAACAAGUGGUGAAGCUUUCAGAGAUGUGGGGACUGCAUCUCUUCUAUCUCUUACUGCCUUGCCUAUCAUUAUUUGUUGAGACUCAAUGUACUUAUCAUCUUGGUUCUUUGAGUAUUAUGGAUCCUUCAUGCAUACUACGUGCAGACAGGAUUUUGUUAAUACCCUUUUUGGAUAUUUUUCCAAGUUGUAAUUACCAAAUUUUAUUUCUGUUUCUGUAAAAGAAAAAUGUUGAGUCCUUUAUUAACUUUGAUUAUGAAAAUCGAGCAAGUCAUUAUGAAAAUUUCAGUUAUGUUUGUUUUGUUUCUUUGAGACAAGGCCUCACUUUGUAGUUCAGGCUUGCCUUGAACUUACUGUGUAGCCCAAGUUGGCCUUGAAGUCCUGGCUAUCCUCUCGACUCAGCCUCCUGAGUGCUAGGAUUACAGGCAUGUGCACCAUGCCCGGUUGAAAAGUUAACUUAAGUGAUAUGGAAAUACAACAUUUCCUUAUUAAUGAAAUCCUUUUCAGGGAGGAAAAUAAAACAAGUUGGUCAAGGCAACCUAGCAUAUCACAUUUCAAAUCUAUGCAUUUUGUUGAGUAUAAUGCUUCUAUAGGCUUAUAGAGCAAGUAAGCACAGUUAGUUUCAGAAUGCAAAUAACAGAAGGAAGCUACUAGUUUAAAUUCUGUGCACAUUUGCAGUUUCUUUGGGUGGAUACAUUGAAGGAUGACAGAUAACUAAUUAGAUGCAUUCAAUGGGAAAAGAAUCCAACAUCUGGAAAUUGGGUCUAUUUGAUGACUAACAACUGGCCUAAUUAUGUUUAUAAAUUGAAUGUGUUGACCAAAUGUUUUGCUGUCAUACCACCCUGCCUUUGUGGGCACACAUAUGGAUGCUAUUAAAAAUACACAUUUUGAGUAAUAAAAUGAAGUAAUUCUAUGAUUUAGGCCCCAAUCCAUAAGAUAUCUAAGAAACUGGAGGGAGACUCCAUGAGUGAGAUAUUUGCUUGAUUUAGCUAGAAAAUAUUUACAUCUUUAAUAUGGCUGUAGUAUUCUAUGAAAACUCCAAUAAGUAUUAAUAAAUAAUUUGACAUCUAAGUUCCAAUUCCCUUGCUGGCUUACUUACAUAGUUGAUUUCUUAGUUCUACAGAAGAAUGCUGGUAUUUGCUACACAUUUCACAGAGGCUCUUAUGAAGGUAAAUUUAGCAUAUUAAUAAAAAAUUAUGAAAAUUAAAAUUUUCAUUAAUAGAGUUCCUUUUGGGUCAAUCUUUGUCUAAUGCUUUGCAUUUAUCUUAGAUUUUUAAAGAUAGUGGAUGUAAUGUAAUAUGUUUAUUUGAAUAGACUUUUACAAUUCGCUAAAAAGUCUAGAAUUGGAACAAUUUUGAAGAAUUUCACCUUUCCCUUCUUUUUUUAAACACAAAAAUCUCUUAGCUAUAAACCAUUUAAUGUAACAGAAAUCCAGAUAAAUUGUCAAACUAAUCUGAUUAAGACUAGAAUCUACACACUUAUAAAUUAUGCUUGCAUAACAGUUCUUUCUAAACUACAAAUAGAACAGUAAGCUAUGUAUAAUUUAACAACUAAGCUGAAAUAUAAUGGGUAUGUUUGUCAUUCUAGCUUUACUUUUUAAAGUUAGUAAUAUAAAAUGGCCAUGUGAAAUAUUUUAUUUUCUAGGUUCAAGUAAAUGAAAGUUUGCUAGUAUCAAUGCAGUUUUUCAUAUUUUUCAUAGCAUGCAACAGUGGUGCUAGGAUAACUAUUUUGCACUGUAAUUCCCAGAGGCAGAAAGGGCCUGGGUCUAAGCUAUUUCAUAAGAGCAGCUUUAAACAGUACUGAGAUUUUCACUUGGAAAAGUUUCAUUUAAAAGAAAUGGUAAUUGGCAUACAUGUUCUACAGUAUUGAUUUUUCUUUCUAACCAUUCUUCAUUCAAUAGAAAAGUCAGAAUAUUAUUUAGGUUCUUGGCCUCCAUAUCAAAUAAAGAAUGAAAAAAUACAAUUUUAGUUAUUAAAUAGAUGGAUUUCUUUUAAAAAUUAUCUGCAAAUUGUGUAGGGAGUCUUAAUAUUCCUACUUAUGACAAAUAAGCUUGCUUUGAAAACAUGGAAGAAAUAAUGGUUACUAUUGCUUUGGAUUUUGUUCAAUAGGGUAAAUAUAAUAUCUCUGUAGCCCAUCACAGCUUCCCUAUCAACUCCGUUUGGUGGUGCUGACAUUUUCCAUCUGAAACACUCGAGAAAACGUUCUCUUGCAAGUUUUAUGCAGCUGUAGGACAGAGAUGACCACAUAGCAAGUCAAUUCAACCAACACAGUGUACUCAGAACAUUUGAACUGAAAUGAUAUAUAUUUCCUCAUUUAUACAUACUUGUGUUAAGUCAGUUUACAACAUCUAUAUAAAUAAACCUAAUACAUUUAUGCAAGUGUAAAUGUUUUAGAUUCAUGCCCUGUCUAUUAAAUAAGUGCAGAGUCUAAACUGCUAAGUUGAAUGCUUCCGUGAAGGAAUUGUAAUUCUGAAACUUUGGUCUUCGUUUUUUUCCAGUAUAACAACAUCCAUUAGGCUCCACAAUAGCACAGGAGGCAAAUCCUCACACAAAUGGAAGCCUUUGCCUACUCAAGUAUUUAGGGAUGAUAAAAUUAUAUUUCUAUUAAUAUUUAACAUUUUCUUCCUUAUUAUAAUAUUUUAUAGUGUCAAAUCUGUAGGUGAAGACAUUUAAAUAUAUGCAAAAAUGAUUUUUGAAAUUAUGACAUGGUCUAACUUUAAUUUAUGACAGGCCAAUCAAAAACUUAGAUUGUUUAGCAAUUCACUGGUUAAUGGUGCUAAGAACACAUUACAAUCACCAUAUUCUUGCUUCAAUUUUGAGGAUUGUCUUUGCAAUUGAAGUUAUUAAAUGUGAGCUCUCAAUAUCUAUUCUGGUGCUAAACAUAUGGUGCUAAAUAAAUUGUUAGUGUUAAUGGCUUUAGUAAUGUUCCUUUAUUCAUUAAAUUCUUGAUUCAGAAAUAUUAAUAAAAAUCCUAUUUUAAAUUAAUCUUCACCAAAAAUAGGUCAGUUAAAUCUGUUUUAUUUAAUAAUCAACAUUAUUUAAGUGCCUCAGAAUUCAAAUACAUUUCUUUAGCAGUCACCACUUUUCUUCUUUAAAGCAUUUGUUAGCUUGCCAAUUUCCAAACUCAAGAAAUCACCUGAAGGUUAGAUGAUUUCACCGCUUGUUAACCAUACUGCAGGCCCUGGCGCCCUCUGCUGGUUAUGAAAACAAAUUAUUGAUGGCUUCUUGGCCAAAGCAAAAGUCUCUUGCUGCCUGUAAAAUUUUAAGUUGCACAACGUUAGUGUUCUUGACUAUGCCCCAAUAGUACAAUAUUUAAAAGUGCUUGACUCCAGUGAUAUCUUUUUCUUAAAGGAUAAAGGAGAGUUAACAUCAUGGUGCUCACUUUCCUAAAUAUUAUUUUUACAUUAUUUUCCAGUUCUAAGGGUGCUUAUUAAAAUGUUUUUUAUUUUCUUUUGUGAAACAGGUAUUGCUAAAACAUAUUUUUAUUUGGUUUAUGUCGUAAGUACAAUUAUAAUUACAAUUAGUGAAAAGAGUUAUACUUGUGUCUCAUUUUCAAGAGUAUUUUUAGUUAGCACAGUACAUGAGAUUAAAAGGAGAUAUACUAAAUAACUGGUACAUCUAUAAAGGAAUGAUCUCUCCAUCUUUAACUGUUGGUGUAUAAUUCAGCAAUGUUGUUUGGUCAUACUAUUGAGCAAAUCAUACAAUUUUAUUAUUCCAUUCCAAGUCCUUCUAGCCUGUAAACAUAUGUUUCUUACCUGCUAGUGAAAUUGUAUCUCCAAAAACUAGAGAAGGCAAUGAAUAUUCACAGGUAAACUUCCAGUUCAGAUAUGUAAUUGGCUAGGUAUUGUAAAUUAUCUAUUUUUUGACAUAUUUCUUAAACUAAAUUAGCAUAAUCAAAUAAAAUUUACUUUGAAGUUAUUUUCUAAAUAUUUUGAAUAGAAUCUUUCUUAUGCUCUAAACUUUACAUGCAGAGCCCCAAAGUAAAAUACCCAUAAAAUGGACCUACUCUUUUCCUUAGUGCCAGGGAACAUUUUUCUCUGAACCUUAAGAUUCCAUUAAACAGAAAAUAUGGAUUUAAAUUAUCCAGUACUUCCUAUUUUUUCUUAAACAAUCUGCUAAUGAAAAAACCCUAAAUCCCAAAACAUCUGAGGGCCUAAAUUAAUGGUUAUUUUAAAUAUUCAGUUUGCAUGUGCUAGCAGUUCAUUAGUUUGGAAGAGAAUCAUAUGAUGGGCUAAACUGGUGCUUGGUUGCAUAUUAUAGCAUCUUGUGUUUUGUUAUUUGAUAAGAAGAAUCUUGGUACCAUCCUAUACAUUAGAGAUUAUUGCAAUGCAUAUAAGGAAACAGUAUUUUUUAAAACACAUACUAUGUUUAAAAUAUUUAUAUAGUCUUGAAUCAUAUUGUAUCAUUUCUGAUUUUUUCAAAAAGAUGAAUUUGGUGAGUUUGAUUCAGUGCCUAAUGCUGUGGUGGUGCCUUUGAUGUCAUGAAAUAAUGUCAGAAAUGUGUACAUCUAUAACACCUGUGCAAACUUCUGUCCUGAUGAAUCAUAACAAAUGUAGCAUUUUGAGUCCAAUAUAUUAUUUUUCAUUUUAAUAAAAGAUUCUGAUGAAUUAUUUUGUUUAAA